AUGAAGGAUUUGGUACUGUUUGUUUUUCUGCAAAUUGCGAUUUUGAAUUGUGCUGGAACAUUGAGGAAGAAACCAAAUAUCGUUAUUAUACUAGCCGAUGAUGUGGGUUGGAAUGAUUUUGGAAUACAUGGCUCUAGUCAAAUUCGAACCCCCAAUAUCGACGCUUUGGGAUUCAAUGGGGUGGUUUUGGAUAAAUUCUACACUCAACAAACCUGUACGCCAUCUAGAGCUGCUCUUUUGACAGGAAAUUAUCCCAUCAGAUCAGGUCUCCAGGGAAUCCCGCUGGAUGCUGGGGAGAACCGAUCGCUGCCCCUGGACAUGCCCACGAUGCCCGAACGACUGAAGGGCCUCGGCUAUCGUACCCACCUGGUGGGCAAGUGGCACUUGGGGGCCGCUUGCAAGGAGGUCACUCCUACGAGGAGGGGCUUCGACACGCAUUUCGGCUACUGGAACGGCUACGUGGGCUAUUUCAGCUAUGACAUAUCCGUCGCUAUAAAUACUACUAUGAACUUCACGGGCUUCGACCUACAUAACGGCUUUGAGCCCCAAUGGCCUCUGAAGGGCCGCUACGCCACUGAGUUGUUCACCAGGAAAGCCGUCGAGGUGAUAGACAGGCACGACAGGAAAGAGCCCCUCUUCCUGAUGCUGGCCCAUCUGGCGGGGCACGCUGGCCAGGACGGGGUGGAAUUGGGGGUGCCCAACACCACCGCUGCGUACGAGAAGUACCGGUACAUUGCCACCCCUGAGAGAAGGUUAUAUGCAGAUAUAGUCAACAUAAUGGACAAUUCAGUGGGGGAAAUUGUGACGAAACUUUCAGAAAGGCGUAUGUUGGAUGACACAAUCAUAUUAUUUUUCUCUGAUAACGGAGCACAAACUACAGGGAUGUUCCAAAACUUUGGAUCUGGUUGGCCAUUCAGAGGGUUGAAAUUUACGCUCAAUGAAGGUGGUGUGAGAGGUACAGGAGUAUUAUACAGCUCAAUGUUACAGAAAAAAGGAUAUAUUAACAAUGAAUUGAUCCAUAUUACCGACUUGUUGCCUACUUUUUACCAUGCUGCAGGUGGAAAUGUUGCCAAAUUAGGAAAAAUCGAUGGUAUAAAUCAAUGGAAUGUUAUUUCCAAAAAUGAAACUACAAAGAGAACUGAGCUUCUGAUCAAUAUCGAUGAAGUUAAUGGUUACUCUGGUAUAUUAGGCUAUGAAGGACGAUACAAAUUAUUAAACGGAUCCUUCAGAAACGGUCUGUACAAUGACUACUACGGAGACAGCGGCAGAGGUCCAGAAAACCCACCCUACGACAUCCAAUCCGUUCUAGACAGUCCCACCAACACAGCCAUACGAAAACUAGCGAAAAACACUCCCUUAGACCGAACCAGGGUGCAGAGCAUGAGGAGCGCCCUGGACAGGGGUUGGUGCGCCCCCCGAGCGGCCACCCCUCUGUAUACUUGCGACGAUUAUUGCCUGUUCGACAUCAGGGCGGAUCCUUGCGAGACCGAAAAUCUAAUAGGGGAUGACACGAAACGAGAUGUUAUAGAUACUUUGAAGGGGAAACUGAGGGGCUACUAUGAGCAGUUGGUGCCCGAGACCAAUAAGAAAGUGGAUCCUGAUUCCGAUCCUGCUAGGUUCAACAACACUUGGUAUCCUUGGUUGGAAUGUACGCCGGAUGAAGGGCAUUUCGGGGCAGCCAUUAUUCGAAGGGUGAAGACGAUAAUUUGGGAGUUUUUUUUCACUCCUUUGACGUAUCAGUCCUGA